GCAGAGAGAAAGAGCUGAACAGCCCAUCUACAAUGAGCUGGGAGAACCACUCCUUGUCUUGAAAAUAAAGUUACCAAGUGGGAGCUCGGAAAGCAGCAACUGACAAGAUGCCGACCUGGUGGACGGAGGAGGAACAUGACAGUCCACCAGACUGGAGGAGGGAGUUUAUUAGGAAGAUGAAGGAGCACAAGCCACAAGACAACUGGGUCUUGACUACUGAGCUAGAAAUCAGCCAGACACCAGGGGGAUGGUACCAGUAUGAGCAGAAGCGUCUGUUUGCCAGCUUCAAGUGUUCAAAUUGCUCUCGUGACUGGAAAUCAGCUCAGGUGGCCGUUGUCUUCCGCAUGCGCCUGGAAAGGAACAGGAGACAAUGGGACCAGGGAGAGGGCCAGGUGAAGAUGAAAGCGUUGAGACAGAAGUGUAACAAGUGCCAAGGUCGGUACCAAGAGCCCAUCUUCAGCGAGAAGAUGGUUCAACUUGCCCUCCACAAUUUGGUGGUGAAGAUCCUUGAGAAAUGCUAUAGAGAAUCCAACCGAAAAAUGGUCUUGCAGGAACCUGAGCCUGAGGAAGAUGUGGAGGGCCCACAUGAUAAAGCCAACUGCGAGGCUUGUGAGCUGGGGCUCUGCUCCGUGAGAUCCACUUCCUGGGGUCAGACUGUUCGGCCGGAGUGUAGCUUUAUAAGACCCGCCUCCCUGGGUCAAUCUGGUCUGUGGGAACAAAGUUUUCAAAGACCUUCUUCCCUGCCUCAGUCAGAGAGGGGGGAAAGCAUGGAGAGUUGUUGCAAAAUGUUGCUGUUCCUUUUUAUUGUGGCAGUGGUUUUAUUCCUUUUUGCCUCCUUCAAUAGGAAUUAGAGGGAAAUGCUCGCACCCAAAAAUGUUUUUCCUUUUUUCACUUCAUUGUUACCCAAUAAAAUGUCUUUAGGCCCAACUUUUGCUCUUAAUAAACAUAACGAUGAAUUGGCCCAACUCCAGGCAAUGAAGGGAUCCUUGUAGCGUGAUGUAGGACCAUCCACCUCACCACCAUUCAAUGCAUUCAAACCACAGUGGGGUCUCCUUGGUGUGUAACAUACUGCAAUCCGCUUGCAUGAAGCAGAGCUCAGAUUGAGCAAACAUUUGAAUAAUCUGUGCCUUCACUGCUCAAGUCUAUGAUCAUACCAAUAUCAUAGAUCCUCAGCAUCUGAAAAGUAGCCAUGUAGAAGCUAGCCCCUCUACUGAGAAUCAGGGGGCAUCCCCCAAAGACAGGCAGAGGAACCUAGAGGGCAUCACAGAGCUUCUGGUUGCCCUUCUCCAUCCAUGCUUAUCCUUUUCUCUAUCCAUCCUUAUCCUUUAGCAGCCCCCCCUUUUUAGGGGAGGGAAUAGAUGUAAUCCCCAGCUAAGCAGAGAUAAGAGAAGCAAAGCUAGAGAGAAAGAGGACCUACAGUUUCCACCAGCCUCCCCUGCCUACAGGGAGACCUUUAGGGUUGCCAGAAGUUGGAGCCUGCCUGACAUGUGGCUACAUUUCACAGUAGAAUACACAGCCCGGAUCUCUUUAUCUGCUUAUACUACUCUGCCUGUCACAAGGUUGGGUCAACUGCGCAGAAAAAGUGGGGCUGUUCACACAACCGAAAACUGGGUAGGACAAGUGUCCCAAUUUUCGGUUGUGUGGAAGCAAACAACUAGGCAGGACGGGGGAGAUGUGACUGUGUGGGAGACAGGAGCUGGGGAGGGCAGCUGUUCCUCCUACCUUGGUCAAAUGCUGGGAAUAAAGGCUGGGUAAUACGGCACUGCCCUACCCAGCUCCUGUCCAGUGUGCCUUGUAACAGGGAUUCCCAGACGUUGUUGACUACAACUCCCAGAAUCCUCAUGCAAAAGCCAUUGCAGUUGAGGAGCCUGGAAGUUGUAGUCAACAGCAGCUAGUAAUCCCUGUUAGAGGGAACACUGUUCCUGUCUCCCACAAAAGAUGGGAGUUGGACUACAGAUGUUGUUAGAGUUGGACUACAGAUGUUGUUAGAGUUGGACUACAGAUGUUGGACUACAGAUGUUGUCAGUUCCCAUCAAACCCAGCCACAAUGGCUGAACUGGAGCACAGAUGUUGUGGGAGUUGUAAUCCCACCACAUCUGGGACCCACAGCUGAAAAGUCCUGACCUAUGACUUUUGGAAAGACUGCAGGUCUUUCAUGGCAUGCAGUGGGGAACGCUCAUUCCCUUCCUGCCCACAGUCAGCCAUUCACACAAGGCUUAAUGUUUGAAUGGCGUCUUCGCAUCUACAGUCUGGCAUGUGUACGAUCCAUGUGUUGGAUUUCUGUUUAAAAACUCUGGCCAGAGAUUCACUGGCUCAUCUUGGGCUCGUCCCUAAAUUGCCGCGCUUCACCUUUCCUCAGCACUAAAAUGGGACCAAUAUCUUGGACGUGGCAUAACUUGUAUUUGCAGCUAAACCUAGCUAAGUGUAACUGAAACAAUGCCUUGCCUUUCUUCUGCUGUCUUCCCUGUGUGGAAUUUUAGAUUGUAAACCUCUCGGGGCAAGGACCUGUCCUCAUGCAGGCAUUAUAAAGCAUUGAAUAUAAAGAACAGAAACAUAUAUACAACAUAUUGUAAACUGCCUUGAGAUUAUUGAAAUGAAAAAUUAACAAUUAAAAAAUAAGGCAUUGAAAGCAUUAUAGAAAUAAAGAAUAAUGCAUGCAA